AGACAGAGAUUGGAGAUUCCCAGAUACCCCCAUGCAUUGUGGUGUGAACAUGCCCAGUGGGUCAGUCUCAGACAUGGACCGUGAUUAUGGGCAUGGAGGCUAUGGUGGCCCACGAUCCAUGGACUCUUACCUUAACCAAUCCUAUGGGAUGGAGAGUCAUGGAGGUGGAGGCGGAGGAGGUGGUGGUGGUGGUAACAGGUUUGGACCUUAUGAGUCUUACGACUCCGGGUCUUCUCUGGGUGGGCGAGAUCUGUACAGAUCUGGCUAUGGUUAUAAUGAACCCGAACAAAGCCGCUUCGGAGGUAGUUAUGGUGGUCGAUUUGACAACUCCUACCGGAAUAGCCUUGACUCUUUCGGAGGUAGAAACCAGGGCGGGUCUAGCUGGGAAGCACCUUACUCCCGUUCAAAAUUGAGGCCUGGGUUUAUGGAGGACAGAGGAAGAGAGAGUUACUCUUCCUACAGCAGUUUUUCUUCACCCCAUAUGAAGCCUGCACCUGUAGGCUCUCGGGGGAGAGGAACGCCUGCUUAUCCUGAAAGUGGAUUUGGAAGCAGAAACUAUGAUGCUUUUGGAGGACCAUCAACAGGCAGAGGCCGAGGCCGAGGACAUAUGGGAGACUUUGGAGGAAUGCACAGACCUGGAAUUGUUGUUGACUAUCAUAACAAACCCAGUCCUGCAGCAGUUGCUGCAAGAGGAAUAAAAAGAAAAAUGAUUCCACAGCCGUAUAACAAACCUGGUGGGACAUUUAUCAAGAAACCCAAAAUGACAAAACCUAUUUUGAAGCUGAGCCAGAAAAAAUCGCCUAAUAUGAAGUCGUCUUUCCAGGAUUCUACCAUAGAGGAAAUUGAAGUGGACACAAGUGGUGCAGUUGUUAUAUACGAAGACUUUACAAGAGAUGCUUAUGAUCUUGGGUACCAGACUUUUGGAGAUGGCAAAGGAGAAGUUAAAAGUGAGGAAGAAGAGAAGCGGCGAAUUGAGGCUAGAAGAGAGAAGCAAAGGCGUAGAAGGGAAAAAAACAGUGAGAAAUACGGUGAUGGAUACAGAAUGGCAUUCACUUGUUCGUUUUGCAAAUUUCGAACGUUUGAAGAAAAAGAAAUUGAGGCUCAUCUGGAGAGUGCGGCUCACCAGGAAACGUUGGAUCAUAUCCAGAAGCAAACCAAAUUUGACAAAGUAGUGAUGGAAUUUCUUCAUGAGUGUAUGGUGAAUAAAUUCAAGAAGACAGCCAUGCGUAAGCAGCAGACAAGUAACCAAACAGAAAAUGCUCAAGCUGCUGAAAAAGAUAUAAUGGAAGGGGUUACUGCUGAUGACCAUAUGAUGAAAGUUGAGACUGUUCAUUGCAGUGCUUGCAGUGUGUAUGUUCCUGCCUUACACAGUUCUGUUCAGCAGCACUUAAAAUCUCCGGAUCACACGAAAGGAAAACAAGCCUACAGAGAACAAAUAAAAAGGGAGAGUGUUCUUACUGCCACCAGUAUCUUGAAUAAUCCUAUAGUCAAGGCGCGAUAUGAGCUGUAUGUGAAGGUAAGAUGCAAAUGGAAAAAGCAAUCU